GGUCGCACACUGAAGACAAACACCGGGGAAAUGUUAUUCUGGCUCCCAGCUGUCUUCUGAGCUGCUGUUCAUUCUUCUUCCAGGCAUAAGUUUGGGCAACAUGAAAUUUGGCAAACCCUCCACGGUUUUUCUGCUGGCUUGUCUGCACUUCAUAGCCGUGCAUGGCGCGUCCGUCACCCCGCACCAGCGGCAGUGGGGCAUCAAUCAGGAAGAGUUUAAGCCCAGCUCGGACAUGAUCAAAGCCCUGGAGUACAUCGAGAGCCUAAAACAGCGCACCGACGACUCGGAGAGUCCCACUGGAGACUACGACAAGGUGGACAAAUUCCGCUUACUAGUGCAGCUCGCGUCUCUCCGGGACGAGGACUCCCCGGGGCGCGGGGACGCUGCAAGCUGGCCAGACAAUAAAGCCACCGAGUGGGUACAAGCUCUGCUCAGGAUGCUGGACGACAGUCCCGAUGGUGCACCGAAUCCUGAAAACGAGCGCCACUCGCACAAGAACAGGCGGCCCGAGACCGGACCCCAGAGCCCCCCGGUGAACGUGGUGAGGCCUCACAAGAAAUACCCUCUCAUGUUUGAAGACGAGGAAAACGUCCGCGGCAACAAGAGAGCCACUGAGGACCUGGACGAGCAGUACACACCGCAGAGCCUGGCCAACAUGCGCUCCAUAUUCGAAGAGCUCGGAAAGCUGAAUCAGAAGAGAGACGAGGAUGAGGAUGAUGAGUACAAGACUCGAAGCCCGGCGUAUGAAGACGUAGCCGGAGGAGAAGACUGGAUGCCUUUGGAAGAGCAAGUGGAGACGGAGGAGAUGGUCCAGAACAGCCGGGAAUUUGAGAGAGGACUGGAAGACAGCAACGAGGAGCAAGACAUGGAAAGACGAGCAACAGAUCCCAGGAGUGAUCCAGAUGACGACACCAAAUUUGAGGAUUACGUCUUGUUAAAGGUGAUGGAAAUGACAGACCAGGCGCAAAAGCGAGACCUCAUGGACGCACAGAGCGGAAGAAGAAAACUGCUAAACCGACCUAGUCUGAUCGACCCACGCGCGAUCAAACAGCUUCUCUCGGCUGUUUCCAUGAAGCUCCAAAUCCCACCUGAAGAUCUGGUCGGAAUGCUGUUCAUGGAGGAGACGCGCAAACAGCAACGUCUACCUGAUGUGCAGCCUGUCAGAAAACCAAACCCCCCACGCUACAGAAGCCGCCUUGUCAAAUACUACAACGGGCGCCAACCUGAAGUCACAGUGAGCAACAUCCCUGCUGACGUCAAGACUGAAGACAUCCUAAAAGUGCUCGGUCUGAAUAAUCUAGCCACCAAGAACAACAAUUAUUUCCUUAAGCCAAGUCCUUAUAAAUCGUCCUUGGGUAGAUAUUUCUUGCCAAGUCCAAGACAUGGCACUUACUCCAUGUCGGAGCUAAGCAGAGCACCAAGCAAGCGGAAGGACGAUUACGAUGAUGCUGUAGGUGAAGACGAAGUGGCUACCUUCCUUGCUGCCAAACUUUUGACCGAGUACCCCGAUACUGGCUCACCCGAUCGCAAAAGAGCCGCAGACUUUACAUUUCCGUACGAGGUUUACGAAGAGGCCAUGAAAGAUUACUUUGAUCAGGUAGACACGGGCAAAAGCGCGCCCGCCAAAAGAGACACACAGGGUAAGCUGGAGGCCGAAGCGCAGCAAAAGACGCCAACUGAGAUCACUAUACCAGAUCAGCAAUCUGAUCAACAAAUCCCUGAGUCGGUAACUGAAGGCGAGAAAGAGCAUCAUACUAAACUGGUGGCUGGAAUGUAGUGGUGACGAUUCUUUUCACUUUCUCUCUUUCUGGAAAUUGCCUCUAUUCCCUCAGAAUAACCAAUGUCUUAAGUGCUUUAGUAUGAAAUUGUAAAUGUACAUAAUAUAUAGGCUAUUCUAUAUAAACGUGCUGCAUUUUGUCAGUUCUGGGUUAGUAGCCUAGUGUUUUAAGUGUAUUCUUGCAAAGUGAGUUAGUAUGAUGUGCCUCUGCAUUGAGCACUACGAAGUUUCUGGUUUCAUAUAAGCUUUAUCAUUAUCACUCAUUUCUCAGUUAUUUUGUACAUGUUUGAAGUGUAAAAUGAUUCUAUGAUAAAUAAAGCAUUAACGUAUUAUU